AUGAAAACAUGUGUUAUAGACGUGAAUGACCUCCGGACGCGUUUUCAUCCAGGAAAACGUGUGCUACAGGUCGCGGGAGCUCGAGAUAGGAGGAUUGCUGCCUACAUUUACAAGAAGGCUGGCAGAUGGAAGCAGUCCAUUGCUCUAUCAAAGAAAGACAGCAUGUACAAGGAUUGCAUGGAGACAUGCUCGCAGUCUGGUGACCGUGAACUGUCGGAGGACUUACUUGUCUAUUUCAUUGAGCAGGGGAAGAAAGAAUGCUUUGCUUCUUGCCUCUUCAUUUGCUAUGACUUGAUACGACCAGAUGUUGCCCUUGAGCUUGCAUGGAUGAACAACAUGAUAGACUUUGCUUUCCCAUAUCUGUUGCAGUUCAUUCGCGAAUACAGCAGCAAGGUUGAUGAUUUAGUUAAGGACAAAAUUGAGUCGCAAAAUGAGGAAAGAGCGAAAGAGAAAGAGGAGAAAGAUCUUGUUGCUCAGCAGAACAUGUACGCACAGCUGCUUCCUCUCGCUUUGCCCGCUCCGCCGAUGCCAGGCAUGGGCGGUCCUCCACCUCCGAUGGGUGGAAUGGGCAUGCCUCCGAUGGGCCCUGGUCCGAUGCCAGCAUUUGGGAUGCCACCAAUGGGAAGCUACUAGGUUGGUUUUGCAGAGCGAUUAGAUGAUGAUUCGGAUUUUUCCAGUGUAAGCAGAAGUUGAACUAUGGGGUUGUAGAUGAUCACAGUUUGGAAUUAAUAUUCUUUAUGGUACCAGGAAAUUUUGGCGAGUGAAAUCUCUCGUUUGAGAAAUGCUA